AUUGUGUUUUAUUUUACACUCGUUCGUCUUCGUCUAGAGAGAGAUGGCGACGGCGUCGUUUAGGUGGAUUCUGCAGCUUCACAGAGACGUACCAAAAGCUGCUCGAUUCUAUGCUCAAGGUCUCGACUUUUCCGUCAAUGUCGUCACUUUACGCUGGGCUGAGCUCCAUUCUGGUCCUAUCAAGCUAGCUCUUAUGCAAUCUCCUAGCAAUCAUGUUGCUGAGAAGGGAUACUCAUCGCUUCUAUCGUUCACAGUCACUGACAUUAAUACAACAGUGACUAAACUUAUGGCUUUAGGAGCUGAAUUAGAUGGCACUAUCAAGUAUGAGAUACAUGGAAAGGUUGCGGCUAUGAAAUGCCCUGAUGGUUACAUGUUAGGCCUUUAUGAGGCUGCAUGAGCAAAUGAAUAGAAUUGAAGCCUGAAAGGAAGCCAAUUAUGCAUAGAGUAGAUUUGUUUAGAGAUCAUAUCCAUAAUCUCUUUGAAGCUAUUGUAUACUUCUUAGAAACCUAAGCCACUAUUAUACUUUAUAUUGGUUCAUGUUUAACUUGCUCUUCACAUUGUUUCUCUAGUAAGCUUUUCUCAAGUCAAUUUUUUUCCAUUCAUUAUAUAUAAUAUCCUGAAAGUGACGGAUUCAUUUCUACACAAUGCUUUGAAAUUGACAAGAUCUAUUGAAGUGGAC